GUUCUGCAAUGUCUCAACUUUGAUGGACUUUUAUUUUCAGAACUUGAUUUAAUAGAAAGGGAAACGAUUAUUUAAUGCAACCAUUCUGAGAUGCCGAUCCGUGUGAAAGUUUCAGCUGUGUGAUUAAUGUCGGGCUGGAGAAACAACUACUUGAGAGCUUUAGCUUUACAGCGAUAAAGAUUAAUAAUGAACUUGUACGUGUUUAGCAAUCAUGUUUUUAAACGCUGUCUGAAAAACAGCCAGAGAAAUGAAGUAUACGCGCGAGGUCAGUGGCUGCAAACGUGCAGAUUUAAAACAUCUGCACCGAAAAACUUCAGCGAUUACGAGAGCAUGAGGAGCACUUACAAGAUACAAGUUCCACAGCGGUUUAACUUCGCCAAAGAUGUGCUCGAGAAGUGGGAAACCAAAGAAAAGAGUGGACAGAGAUCGUCUCUUCCUGCUCUGUGGUGGGUAAAUGAUCACGGGACAGAGGUCAGGUGGAGUUUUGAGGAGUUGGGCUUCCACUCUAGAAAACUUGCAAACGUCCUGCGUCAGGUGUGCAGUUUGGAAAGAGGGGAUCGUGUGUUCCUCAUCUUACCCAGAGUCCCUGAGUGGUGGCUGGUUAAUGUGGCAUGUAUAAGAACAGGUACAGUUCUCAUUCCUGGCACCUCUCAGCUCACAGCUCGAGAUAUGCGUCACAGACUGAUAACGUCUGGGGCCAAGUGUGUGAUCACAGAUGAAACUCUGGCUCCACUGUUGGACACUGUAGCCUUAGACUGCCCUUCCAUUUCCACCAAGCUGCUGCUGUCCCACAAGCCCAUGGACGGCUGGGGCAACCUGACAGAGCUCAUGGGAAGAGUAUCAGAUGACCAUGUUUGUGUGGACACCAGCAGUGAGGAGCCCAUGACCAUCUUCUUCACCAGUGGCACAACGGGCUCCCCAAAAAUGACCCAACACAGCCACUGUAGUUACGGUUUGGGGCUCACCGUGAACGGCAGGUACUGGCUGGAUCUGACUGAGCAGGAUGUAUUCUGGAACACCUCUGACACGGGCUGGGCGAAAUCAGCGUGGAGCAGUGUGUUUGCUCCGUGGAUUCAGGGAGCUUGUGUGUUUGUUCACCACAUGCCACGCUUUGACACAAACACAGUUCUUAAGACUCUGAGCCACUAUCCCAUCACCACCUUCUGCACAGCACCGACCGCCUAUCGAAUGCUUGUACAGGAUGACUUGUCUAAGUAUAAAUUCCAGGCUCUUGAACACUGUCUGUGUGCCGGAGAGCCCAUUAACCCUGAGGUCAUGUGCAAAUGGAAAGAGCUCACUGGACUGGACAUCUACGAGGGAUACGGACAGACUGAGACUGUUUUAAUAGCGGGCACAUUCAAAGGCAUGAAGAUCAAACCAGGAUCUUUUGGAAAAGCAUCACCAGGAUAUGACGUGCAGGUGGUGGAUGAAAAUGGCUCUGUUGUGCCAAAAGGACAAGAGGGAGACCUCGGCAUCCGAGUGAAACCAGAGAGACCCUUCUCUCUUUUUACAGAGUAUACGGGGGAGCCAGUGCGCACAGCAGAAUGUUUCCGUGGCGAUUUCUACCUGACAGGUGACCGGGGAAUGAUGGACGAUGAAGGAUAUUUGUGGUUCAUCGGCAGAUCUGAUGACGUCAUCUUGUCUGCAGGGUACCGUAUUGGUCCAUUUGAGGUGGAAAAUGCCCUGAUAGAGCAUCCAGCUGUAGCUGAAUCAGCCGUAGUCAGCAGCCCUGAUCCUGUUCGAGGAGAGGUGGUGAAGGCUUUUGUUGUGCUGACAGCAGAUUUUAAAUCAAGAGCCCAUAAGGAACUGAUCAAGGAACUGCAAACACAUGUAAAGAGCAUCACGGCUCCUUACAAAUAUCCACGCAAGAUUGAGUUUGUGGAUCAGCUGCCCAAGACAGUAAGUGGGAAAAUAAGACGAGUGGAGUUAAGAAAGAAGGAAUGGGGACAGCAAACCAGCUAAAUCUGGAACUGAGAAAUCAAAUGUAAAAAUGGCAUUCCACCUCUUCACAUGCUACAUUCACAAGUGUCUUCCCACAUUUUUUAGAGAUGCAUGAAGAAGAGAUUAUUAUGAAAUGAUUUUCAAUAUUUCAGCUCGCCAGCAGAUGGCAGCACUUCAUAAUGUCUUCAUUCAACAUAUGAACUCACCGGCCACUUUAUUAGGUACUCCUUAGUAGGCUGGACCCUCUUUUGCCUUCAGAACUGCCUUAAUCCUUUGUGGCAUAGAUUCAACAGGGUAAUGGAAAAUUCCUCAUAUUAGAUUUUGACAUGAUAGCGUCACACAGUUGAUGCAGAUUGUUGGCUGCACAUCCAUGAAGCGUAUCUCCCAUUCCACCACAUCCCAAAGAUGCUCUAUUGGAUUGAGGGUCUGGUGACUGUGGAGGCAGUUUGAAUACAGUGAACUCACGGUCAUGUUCAAGAAACCUUCUGAGAGGAUCCGCAUUUAUGACAUGGUUCGUUAUUCUGCUGGAAGUAGCCAUCAGAAGAUGGGUACACUGGUCAUAAAGAUAUGGACAUGGUCAGCAUCAAUACUCAGGUAGGCUGUGGUUUUAACACAAUGCUCAGUGGGUACAAAUGGGCCCAAAGCGUGCCAAGAAAAUAUCUCCAACACCAUUACACCACCACCACCACCACCAGCCUGAACCGUUGAUACAAGGCAGAAUGGAUCUAUGCUUAAUGCUGUUGAUGCCAGAUUCUGACCCCACCAUCUGAUUGUCACAUAAGAAACCGAGACUCAUCACACCAGACAACGUUUUUCCAAUGUUCUAUUGUCGAAUUUUAGUGAGCCGGUGAGAAUUGUAACCUUGUUUCCUUAGCAUGCAUUGAGUUCCUGCCAUGUGAUUGGCUGAUUAGAAUUUUUUUAACGAGCAGUUGGACAGGUGUACCUAAUAAAGUGGCUGGUGAGUGUAUUUUAACAGCUGUUAAAUUUACUAACCCACAUAUAAUUAAUGUUUGUUUUUUUUACAAUCUCUUUAUUGUAUUUUUUACAUCAGUACUAAUGAUAACUUACAUGUGUACUUUUUUUCGCUUUUAAACAGUUAACAACAUGUUACUAUUAUAUGCAUAAGAGAACAAAAACAAAAUUAUAAAAGUGGAAGGAAGAGGCAAAAAAAAAAGAAAGGAGGAGAAAAAAAAAGUAAAUAAGGGGGGAUAUUUGAGGCAUUUCUACUAGGGUUCAAUCACUGCUCACUGGUUAAAGUACUCAACAAAUGUAUUCCAUAUUACAUGGAAAUUCUUUGUUUUAUUUUUUAGGGAAAGCCUUAGCUUCUCAAGUUGCAGACAGGACAUGACAUUUUUUUUAUUAACGUGAAGCAACGUGGAGGAUCUUUUCUAUUCCAAUUUUUUUAAACUAAUCUUCAUGCUAGGGUUAUAAAUCUGAUUACUGUACAUUAAUUAUAUGAUAAUUCUGCAUCAUCACCGACUCCAAAUUUAGCUAAAGUAGGCCCAGGGUAUACUUUUUCCUCCACUUCUGAUAUGAAUUUAAAAACUGAAAUCCAAUAAUUAACAAUUUUAGAGCAACUAAAAUUAAACAACACUAAAAACUAAACAAGCGAUGCCUGGGUUUGAUUGCAUCUAUCACACAGUAGGUCUAAGGAAGGGAACAUCUUAAAAUUCAUGUUUAAAUAGAGUGACGUUAUAUUUAGACUUUUAUAUUGUACAUCAUAUUCUGCACAUGCAAAUCAAAAUGAUUUCUUUGUUAAAAGAGUAAGCAUUCAUCACCAUAUUGUUUGGAGUUAAUACGUUAUUUUAUGCGUGUGAUUUUACAAUAUAUAAACUUUGAUUUAUCAGUG